GAGAGCCCACCCCACUUUGACUCACGCCACUCAUCUGCAACCAACUUCAAGGAUCAACGUAGCUAUUCGCUACACGAGAAUUUGUGUAUCUGUAUGAGUCUUGUUUUUAUUCACGCUAGCUGCCUGGACAUCACAUGGCUGAACUACAACCCCUAAGGGAGACCUCAACUAGGGCAGCACUCCAUGAUCAAGCUGAACCUGAAGUCAAAAAUCUGUCUGACCUCAAGCUUCUCAGUUGUACGCACUGUCGACAACGAAAAAUUAAGUGUGAUAAGUCUAAUCCGUGCACUGCCUGCAAGCGAUUGGGCAUUGACUGCGUAUUGCCGAAACGAACUCGUGUCCCGAGAGGGAGACAAGGGCGUAGAAACUACAAAUCCAGAGACGAUGAGCUUCUCCGGCGCAUUAGAAAGCUCGAAGUCCUUGUCGAAAAGAUGGGAGGCGACAGACAUAACCCCUUGAUAUCUGGAGAGCCCAGUAGUCGACAGACCACCACUUCAUUUGAAUUUUCAGCUUCCAUCUUGGGCAACAAGGGGAGCAGCAAUCUUCAAGCUCUGCCCACGGAAAAUAGGACGCUUGUUGAGAAUAAAUAUAUUAGCGGCGACUUUUGGGCCAACCUAGGAGGAGAAGUCGAUGGGCUGCGCUCUUUGCUUGAACAGCCUGUAGACGAUGACGAUGAAAACGAUGACGAAGAGGUUGCCCAAUCUACUCCUUCAACUACUGAUCUAAAAGUCCAUUCGUCACUACUCGAUUUCGUCUUUCAUGGAGCUGAUAGCCGCCUAGAACACGUGGAUUUUCCAAUAUCAUACUGUCACUUCAAGGCCCUCACCAACACAUAUUUUACGAAUGUCGAUCCAAUAUUCAAAAUUCUUCAUAGACCAACGACCCUCUCUUCUAUAGCUAAUAGUACAAGCAACUUUUCUGCGCCACCAGAUAACAGCGUAACCGAGCUACUGAUGCUAUGCAUGUUUUUCGCUGCAGUCACGUCACUGUCGCCAGAGGAGUGUCAACAGACAUUCCAUCAAGACUCUCAGACCCUGCUUACCAAGUUCAGGCGUGGUGCAGAGCUCUCCCUUGCAAGAGAGGAUCUUCUUAUUACGAAUGAAUUUGCAGUUCUACAAGCGUUCGCUAUCUACCUUUUUGCCCUACGAGUACACAGCAAAACCCAGUCCACAUGGACGCUCUUCGCACUCGUACUCAGAAUUGCUCAGUCAUUUGGAAUACACAAAGAUGCCGAUGGCAUCAACCUAUCGAUUUUUGAGGCUCAGCAAAGGAGCCUUCUCUGGUGGCAAAUCAUGAUCCUUGAUGUCCGCUGUGCGGAAGACCGAGGUACUCAACCAAUGAUAUUUGAUGGCUCCUUCAACACUUCCAUGCCUCUCAACAUUAACGACGAUGACUAUGGGCCUGAAACAAGUGAGCCCGUUCCGGAAUUUCCGGGUCUAACAGACAUGACCCUGAGCCAUGUCACCCAUAAAUUGGCAUUUACCUUCCGAAAGCUUCUGUUUCCUAACCAGAUCAGUUUCACUGAGAAAGAACAGAUGAUCAAAAGCUUGAGCCUUGAAUUGGAAUCACUCUACUUUCAAAAGUGCGACGCAAACGUUCCCAUUCAAUGGUAUCUCUCAAUGGUCGGACGAUUAUUAAUACUAAAGAUGUGGCUAUCACUGAGAUAUCCGCUUCAAGCUCAAGAUCAACCAAUAUACUCGAAUACGACCCCGGAUCAAACCCUUCGCACAGCAGUCUUGAUCCUCCAAAUUAUGAACAUGUACGAGAACAAUCCGAAGAGCUCCCAGUUCAAGUGGGUCGGCAGAACAUGGGUGCAGUGGCAUCCAUUGGCCGUCGUAUUAGCCGAACUUUGUAUUCAAACAAAAGGACCAUUAGUAGACAGGGCAUGGACAGUAGUGGAAAGUGUUUGGAAUACGUAUGGGGAACGAGUAGCCGAUACCACGGGAGGAAUAUUGUGGAAACCACUCAAGAGGCUGCUGAAGAAGGCACAAGCUGCAUACCAAGAAGCGGCAACAAAGAGAGAGGUCCAAAUCGAAGACAUAGCCGCUAAGGGUAUUGCUCAGCCUCUUCCGGACCCUAUGUUUGAUCUUGGUCAAAUGGCGACCGAUGAAUACAACACCUCACUGCUGCUUAGCAGCUGCGCUCCGGUUGAUCUACAGGUGCCUCCAUGGCACAACUUUGAUACACCUUACAACAUGAUUCCAAUUCCGCAGAACACCAUCAACACGGACUAUGGGGAUCAAACCAACUGGGCAGUUUGGCAGAGAUUUCUCAUGGAUUCCGAAGUCCCAUAUUCGAUUGAGGAAAAUGCAUUUGAGGUAUGGCCACUUGCUUCUAAUACCCCUUGAGCUGAAGGUCGCACGAUUGUCCAGGUUACAAGCAGCGAAAGGAAACUCGAUAGCGCGCAGAACGUUGAAUUACCAAGACCGAAAGAGGUGGAGUGACAUAACUCUGUCAGUAGUUUAGCG